AGUAACCAUUGCUGUAUUAACACUAAGUAGUAGUUUCGUUGGUGCUGUAGUUGUAGUUACGGUCCUCGUACUUUGCAUGACUGUGAGUGUGACCACAAGGUGAAAAGGUCAACAUCGUCGUUCUCGUCAAGAGCAGUCGGGCUUAAUGAUCUGGAUAAUUGUCGGGGCAAACAGAGCACUCAAAAUGAUACAAUCGGUGCAUUACCGACCUAGAGAGAUGAAAAGAGGAUACGGGCACCUCUCACGCUCACCCCUCUCCCCACAUCAAUAUACUCGUUUUUGAUGAGUGAAAAUCCGUCGCUUUUUCGCGGUAGCAUGAUAGAUACUUUUCGUGUCGGCAACAUGUCCUCUGAUUCGAAAACGUCAAUGCAAAGAUCUAUUCUUCUUGCAAUUUUGUUUACCUAUCACCAUUUUAUCAUUAACAUGAACAUUAUAAUCAAUGAACUAGAAAUAUAUGAUUUCAUUCGACAUUUUGAGGAUCACGGAACUAUUCUAGUACAACUACAGUUACAAUAGACUACAACUACAACAUCUAAUAAAUAUGAAUAUCUACAAAUUACUUUUAGUUUCAUAGUACUAGAAGUAGAACAUUCAACAUUAUACGCGGAGGUUAGCCUUGGCCAUUUUCUUUCAACAAGUCGUCUUUCAACAAACCUGAUUGAUUCAUUGAUUGAUAGGGUGACCACAUCAACAACUGCGAGGAAGAUGACCUCGGUAGAGGCAGACGCAGAGGCUUUCGCGCCUCCCGGCGACGCAGGCAGUGAUGACGCAGCGAAUCACAUUUGUCGUCGUGGUUCCGACAAAGCUAUGAUCAAGUCGAAUGUAGUCACAGACGAGGUAGUUGAUGUAUCUCCUACUACAGCUAUUCCUGCUGGCUCUUUAUUACAACAACCUACUCGUUCAUCAUCAGGCAAGAGCGAGAACGAGACCACAAGCACAACAUCCUCGGCGAACUACAACCACCAGAAUAGCGACCGCGACGUGGUCGUGAAGGAACUGCACUCUCCUUCCGAAGUCAGACAGAUCGUACAAGAACAUCUUCCUUCAGCUGAGAAGAGUAAUCAACUUCAAGCUGGAAAAUAUGAUUGUGCUCUUCAUCUUGCUCAAGAGAUGAAUACAGAAGAACCACAUCACAACAAUCAUGUUCAUGCUGGAGGAUUCCGAUAUGAGAAAGUGCACCUUACACCAUUGGGUUUUGUGCUGCUCUUCGGUGUGGUUUUUUCUCUCCUCUCACUUUUGGCUCACCUAGUUGUCCCUUUCGGUGGCAGUGGUGACGUUAAGGAUUCCCUUAUAGUUCAUCUCGUUCUUGAGAAGCGUCUUCUUCUAGUUGUAUGGUCUUCUUUUCUUUUAGGGAAAGAAAACACGUCAAGAAUGAUGCUUUCCAAGACGAGUUAUUGCAGGUAAGCGCUAACUCUGACGGCUCAUUGAAGAUUGACACUGCGUCGACAAGCAGGAGCAAACAACAAGGCUCGCGUGCUAUCGGUGCCACUAGUGGCUCUAGCGGUGCACCAAGUGGGCGUCCAAAAAGACUGAAGCAAGGCGUGGGAGCUGCAAAGUCGACAAGGGAGCAAAGAAAGUUAAGAUUACAGAUUUAUUAGGUUUUGUUCUUUUCUGAACAACGUCUGCUUAAUGUCCUCUUGUUCAGAAGAUACUUCUAACAAUGACUACUUCCGGAUCCUCAAAAAGAGACAUUCUUGCGGAAGGGACCAUCCUCGCCGAUCUGCAUGAAGAUGAGGCCCGUGUUCCUCGUGCUGCCGCGUCUGUGAUCGACCACGACCACCUGACUCACGACCACCUGGCUUUGUCAGAUGAUUAAGGCUUUAAUUUCACUGACUGUAGAAGUUGUAGUACUAUAUUUAGUUUACUAGCUAGUACCUGAUAUACCAACCUGAUGAAGAGGAUGAAGGAGAAUAAAUGUGAAUGCUGUUUACUAGCCCGAAUGUUUUCAGAAAGUGGGAUCUUGCAAGUCCUAGAAAAGGUAAUCACAACAACGAAUAUGAAUAUAAUUGAAAAUAACUUCUCUAAUCUGUAGAUGUCGCGACAGUCGAGGCAGGCAAUGCGUUUCAAGAGGGCAAUGCCUUUCUAGAGAUGGCGUUGUACGACGAGCUCGAGUCGUCCAGAGCGAACAUGGGAUCGAUUACGGGAUCCCCUCUCAUGGGAUCCCCUCUCUCCAUGUUGCAGACUGGCAUGGUACUGACUUAAUUCCAUUGUCAGGAUGAUGAUAAUGAUGAAUGAUAAGUCGUUGGCUCGCUUUUGUUUUCAAAAAUAUGGAGAAAGGGCUUUAAUAUUACUCCAUUUGUUUCUCUAAAAAAUGAUUGAACUAGUAGAACUUCUAGUAUUGAACAAGAGUUUAAUGGUUCAGGUUCUAUGUUUUCGAGUUCGGCUUCGUCUGACUGGGGAAUAUUAAUGAAUAUACUUAGUCUUAUCAACAUAAAAAUUAUCAGGCGAUGAAGGUACCGGAUGCGGGAGGGAAAGAUGAUGUCCACUUUCUAACCGGGUUCUCAUUACAAAAUAUAGAUGAGUGUAAAAGGGAGGCGAUGCUGCCGUACCUAUUGCGCACGAUGCGUCACAGUAUGCGUGCAUGCAAGGAAACCGGUGGCUGCAAAAUUAAGGCUUCCCCCAAUCCAUCUCGUCUAUAGAGCGAGGUGAUCCCUCAAGAACAGUAUGUGUUGUAUGCACCCUCCAGCAAAUGCCAGAGAGAUUCUGCCAGGGAGAUUCUUGAGGGAUUCUUCACAGAGACGAACUGGAGACAGGUCUAAUAUAACGUUCGAAUUUUAAGGCUUCAGGUAAUCCAUCUCCAGAGGCAUCUUGAUCUUGGGACCUUGCUCUAAUGGAAAAGCAUGCAAGCCCAAGAUGAGUCAUCAUGGGCUUGCUUUUCCCUCAGAAGAUUGACGACACUGAAGACACUCAAGAUGGAUUCCAGGAAGCUCUAAGAAUUCUACGAACUCGUCAAGACAGGAAAAGGCGUGUUUGGUGCCGCGAGCCUUCUCGAUGCAGAGAAGGAACUCUUAUGCAUUGAAAAAGUGACCCAUUCUCUCUCUGACUCUGACAGAAACAGUCAUGAUUUGAAGAUACUAUAACAUAUAGAUGACUCUGACAAUCAUGAUUUGAAGAUAGAUGACUCUGACAGAAACAAUAUAGAUAACAUACUUGUUAAUAGGGAGAGUACUUUUUUUCUUUUUUUACAAGAACAAGAAUCGUUUCUUGAAUUCUAAGGCCAAGAAUGAGAUUAGUAGGGAGUACUGAUUAGGGAGAGCCACCUGCUCAAGCUCGAUCUCAAGUGCCAUAUUUCCUCUACUGUUUCGUGUCUGUUCACUAGCUUCGGAUAUAAUUAUCAGUUGAAUGAUCAAUCAGUCAGUCAAGGAAUCGAUCCCACCUGGAUCUGGCGACUUCUAUUGAGGUGUGCGGCAAGAGGCUGGAGUCCCUGCUUAGUUGGCAACGGAUACUGAAAACCUCAAACUACCGUUUCUAAUAGCCAAGGAGGGUCGUCCCGACAUGAUAGAACUUUUCGUUCACGAGGUCUAUGCCAAGUUAUGUUCAGCUUGUAUUCAUCUCCUCUCUCGCUCCACGCAUACACCUUUUAGUCCUGUAGAGGAAUACUACAACAAGGGCAAAGGUAAGUACCCUGUAAACCCUUUGCUCCCAUACUAGAAGAGCACAAAAAUACAAGAGUACUAAAGGAGGUGCCCAGAUCAACAAGAUGCGGGGGACCGAGGUGUUGAAUGUUACCCUUCUCUAAGCAAGGGCAAAGAAGAUGAAGCACGUGCCAAGGUUUUUGACUUAUGAUCAGAAGGAAGCGUUCGAGUGUAAUGUAACUGGUUUGAUUAAGAAGGAUAAGAAGACUAUUACCUCCACUAUUAUCGUCUAGAAACUCCAACAUUAUGCUAAGAAGUCGAAAAAGAAAAAUCGACUAAGAGUCAUCAUAUAAUCAUGUAUGAUAUUCCCGGAUUCGAUAAUAUGAUGUGACCAUAUUUUUCGCGUCAUAUUUUUCUUUGCUUCAUUUUUCUCGUCCUCUUUCACGUUUUGUCAACAUCCGUAGACAAGAACGAUUGUGAAUCAUCUGGAUCCGUUUCAUAUCACUAUCCUUUGAGAUUAGAGCUCCAUGAUCAUUGGUUUCUUCUUGUCUAAGAAUCACGUACGUGGUACCGAUGAUGGAGGUUCAGCCACCGGAGGAGCAGAACAAGAAGUGUUUCGCCUUCGACAACCCUAAAGAUACACUUGGAGAUACGAGUCGCGGGGAUACUGGAGAAUGGCGAGCGAACUGGCUGAAGUUGGACAAAACCCUUACGGCCAUCCUUUUGAAGAUGACAAGGAUCAACGUGUGUUUGUCAUACGAGAUGAAGUCUGAUCAAGAUCAGUUGUCCCUUGCGGUCGUGGAUUCGAUCCCACUCGUGCAGGCAGGACUGCUGUGACACGGCGUUAAGCCCGGACGAAGGGUUGCCGUCGUCGCCAUUUGAAUUUGAAGAUCAUGUUUUGUAUAUGUCCGCAUCCUCUCUAAGACUUGAAUCUUGCAGAUCCUGGAGAACCAGCCGAAAAACGGUUAUCACAAUAUGGCUGCAGUUUUUUCCAUUCUUACACCCAUCUUCCUGGCACUUUUUUCAAGGGACGAAAGGAAUAGAAAGUAUGUUGAGAAACAAAGUGUUUCAACAAGGGGAGGAACAGAGUGUUUCAUCGAGGGGAGAAAAUAAGUAAGUGUUUCAACAAGGGGAAAGUAAAGUGCCAGUUGGAUGGGCUGCCAUUUGGAUGGUGAAACUCUCUUCAUAGAGGGCGUCGGCAAGUUGACGUUUCGUGGGAACUCUCUCUUCGAAACUAAAACCGAAAGGCUCGAGACCGGCAACAACAAGUUGGUAUAUUCUUUUCCGAUUAGUAUCUUCUAGAUUUUUAUACUGCCUCAUUUCAUUUGCGUGAGUCAAGAUUUCUAGCCAUUAAGUACUUGUAUCACGAACCCGACCAUAGGCAUACUUAUUCAUAAGACAAAGACUCUCCUGAAUUAUCCUCCUCCCCUGAAGGAUCCUUGCAUAUCAAUGAGACUUUUUCUCCUCCUUCUUUUUCGAACUGGUAUCUAGAUCUAGCUCACUAGGAUAACAAGAGUGAUUUUUACAAACAGUGAAGUACAUCAGCAGCAACCCUAAACUGUGUUUUCUCAGGAAAGCUCGUUCUUAAUGGCUGGAUUGAAGAAAUUGAACGGAGAAGGAGCAGGAGGAGCACUCUACGCAGAAAAGAAUGACGCUUCCAUGACCAUAAUUAUGGCCAACUCCUCUUACGCAUCGGCAUCCUUCUUCAGUCGACGAUAGUUAGCAGUUGUCUGUCAAUCGUUUGUCUUUGUAGGAUCUACAAGAUUGACCAAAAGAGAGAAAAAUUAUUCUCUCUUUAUAAAAGAUACAAAUAUAUUGGAAAUUCCUUUGAAAAUUCAAUGAAGACCAUGAACAAAAGAAGCGGAAGCCUAGUGAUGGAACAUACCAACUAUUCUAAUGUGUUCGGUUCUUUCGGUGAUAUUAAAGCUGACAGCUCCUACGAAUUGCGGGAGUACACGCAUGAGAUUACUAUAAAUUUAUGGUGACGUUGUUGAAGAAACUGAAAUCAAUGAGCUUAGAAUGACCGUUUCUUGUUCGCCCCAAAUCCUUUUUCACUUUCACGACCAUUUUCAAGUCGUAAGAAGAGUCGAAAGUGAGAAAGGAUUCUGUCAGACUGAGAUGUUGGUAUCUAUUCUUUUUUCCUUUUCAGCGAGGAUCGAUCCGCGAUUUAAAUGGCAUCAAUCUGCUCAAGGAUAUAAUUCUAGCGCCAAAAAGGUGGGGCAGUCAAAAUACUAAUAAAUACAGUGUACUGAUGUGCUGUAAUCAGCAGCCGCGUAUGUCUGCCAGUUUCUCUGGUAGGCCCACACCUAAUCCAACCGGUAAUCAGCUUCUGUUGUCAUAGAUAUACAUAUUUCAGAGUAGUUUAUAGCACGCAUGGUGCAUGGAGUAGCAUGGAGUGCAUGGAGCGCAGAGCUUUAAGGGGCGCAAGAAGCUCCCCCUUUAGCUCCAUGCUACUCCAUGUGAUCCAUGCACUCCAUGCCAUGCGAGCCGUGAAACCUUAUAAAUUGCUCUGUAGUUGUCAAUAUUAGAUAUACAUAUAAUUUCGUAGGCAAAAAAACCGUAUUUUUGUUUUCAUUCUGUGGCAAAGACGUGGAAGCGGAGCGCAUGCUGGCAGCGGCGUUAGAGCCCGUCACCACCGUGAUGGAGAAUCCCGAGCAGGCGCAGGCAGCAGGCUUGGCCUUCUUCCAAGUCUACACUUUGGGCGACUUUUCUACCUGGGACGAUGAAGAAGACCGGGGCGAAGAAGAUAUGUUGACAAAUAUUUUCAGAUUGGAGUCAGAUAUUCUUGGAGGACGUACAUCUACAAGUUAGUAAUAGUAUUUGACGCUUUACUAGGUCACCCAUCAUCCUCGGAGGCGAGCAUGUGCCCGUGAGGCUCGCUGAGAAGGAUUCACAACCUAACCUAACCUAGUUCAUCUAACGUUAUUGUUCAAUUGCGGAUGUCUGUGUUUCUACUUCGUGCAGCUUCUAUUUCGCCUUCGUGGUCACGACAUUGUCUAAUUCCGUGCAUGACUAUGUACUGUAUUGGGUGUUCCGAGAUCAGAAGGCGCUAGAAGGCAAGCUUCUGAAAGGCUUCAACGCAGAUUUUACCAAGAACAAGAAGCUGGAUUCCAAAAAACAUUAUGAAGUAUGCAUGUUGUCAACAAAUGGCGAAUUAAUUGUUCAAAUAGAAGAAAUAUGUUCCCUUAAGGGAGUCUGCACCCGCGAUACAAAAAAAAAAAAAUGUCCGGCAGCUUCGCGGAUAAACAUGCAAGCUCUUCCCUUUCGGAUAAGCAUGGCACUACAAAAAAAAAAAGCGAGAUUAAUUGUAUUGUAUUGUAUUGUAUUGUACGAUCUUUUGCACUCUUCUCUCCGCUUCAAAGCCUAUAAUAUAGGGAUAGUUGAAUAGCAAAAAAUCCAUCUUGACACACUAUAUUAAUAUCAUCGACUUUUGAUAGUCAGUCUACUUUUGUAUUUGUUGCAUCCUACUAGUAGUUGUAGCAGCUUUAUUUCCUGUUUAUCUAAAGGCGGGAUCGGCUCGACCUGGACUUUAUUCCACCUAGAAGAUCGGCAUUGGAAUUGGUAGUACCAACAUAUCUGGGCUGGGGUAAUUCAGUAGGGGCCUAUCGACGAAGUCACAUAUUGCCUCUCGAAUAUUUCAAUGGUACACGAAUGAAAAAGAUUUUGCUCCUGUUUCUAUAGAUGCAAAAAAUUUUUUUUUAAUUUUGUUUCUCUAAGAUUUCGCAGUCGCGGAAAAAGCAUGGUCGUCACGCGAUGGGAAUAACAUGCGCGAGAAGAUGCUCGCCGCCCGCGGCGAUGAUUCGCAUCGGGGGCUGCAGGAACUUACCCCGGACCAGCUUGAAAAAUCCACGAAGGUACAAAGUGGAGAUGUCCAUGAAGAUCAAGUAGUAGGUUUUUUUGACUUACUGGAAGAUCUAGUAGUAGGUCUUUGAAUCUAGUAGUAUGUCUUCUAGUAUGAAUUAGAUUGAAAGACAUACAAGUGGAAGAGAAAAAACAGAAACACACCACCACUCUUCAGGCUAAGAAGCGUGCGGAUGCCAAAAAAGAGAAGAAGAAGAAAAAAGACAAGGAAAAGAAAGAAAAAUUAUGGUGCACUGGUUCUUGUUUUUUAAGUAAGUAGAAAUUUGUCAAACUCGGUCUACGCAAAAUAGCUAUUAGUCCUCCGUAUACGUAGUUAGACGAGUCCGUAGAAGAGCAGAUAUGUUGACUAUGAAAACCGGAAAGAAGAUAAGGAUGAUGAGACUUAUUGAUGAUGAUGCUCUCCCUAGAUUAUCUAUCGUCGUACGUCAUACUAGAGUCACACUUUCAUUGUGAGACGAGGAGGAGGAAGAAGGCAAAGCCAAAGAUGGGGAGGCGAAGGAAGACGAGUGGACCACCGAGAAAAAACUCAUGUUAAGGCUUCCCCUAAUCGAUCUUCAGAUAGUACAUCUUCGAUAGAUUAGCAGAUAGUCCUGCAAGAAGCUAGAUUAGCGGGUAGAAGUCUCCAGGGAUAUGUUAGGCAGAUUGCCAAACUGGUUGGGGUUAACAUCGUCGGCACAUCUUGGAAAAGCGGACCCAUAGGGAGAAAGGGACUCAUCCUGCUUGUAGGUGCCAUAUGCCUAUCAGGGAUGCACAGAAUACGAUAGCAGCAAGAUGCGCCGCGUCUCAAGAUGAUAGAGAGAUAAGGGUGAGCUCUAAUCAUGGUUUACGGUGGGAUUGGAGCGCUUGUGAUUAUCUUAAGGCAUGUUGAAAAUCCUUGGAAGAGAUCAGUGGGAUUUUAUUUAGUACUAGAUGUAGGAGAUGCUGAUAAAGAAGAUGCGUGCUGUUUAUGAGGCCUUACGCAGGUUCUUCUCUACAGAGUGCCUUCGUGCGUGGUUAUCUGCACGGGAAAGCAAGAGCAUGAACAUGAUGAUAAAGAAGAAUAGCGUCAUUUGAACUUUUUUCGAAGAUGACAAAAUAAGUAGAGCCGCUACCCAGCAUGGGGAAGAAUGUAUGACGCCUAUAAUAUUCGAGCGGAUCGAUGGUUUUCAUUCCUAUUUUGGUAUAAUUCUGUGAUGUCCCUCUCCGUUUGAUGAAUUUACACCUGCUACUCGAAAACUGAAAAUGCCUAAGUUCAGUUAAGUACUCGCUUAUUUCAGUUUAUUUUCGAAGAGAACCGUUUUUGAGGGAAGUCGUAGGUCCAAUCCGAAUCGACUAAUAUCAUCAUCGGAGCCGUUUCUUCACCUUGAGAGCUCUAAUCUUUCUUUUGCUCUGUAUCUGCAUGCUCACGUGUGGCCGCGGAAAGGAGGCCAUCUCUGGUUACGAUGACGGUGACUAUCGAUAUGGAUGGGCAGAGGGUGAAACCGACGCACCGCAGAUCGAAGAAGGUACUUUAAUAAUCAGUUUCUUUCUUUGAAGUUAAAUAGUUUCUUGAAUUCUCAGGCCAAUGAGAUUGUUAGUGCCUUUUUAUUGUAACAAGUUGUUACCUUUACCUAUUUAUUAUACUUCGACUUCCUGUCGUGGGAAUAAGACGAAUGCUUCAGAUUUAGGCUUUGAAGAGUCCUAGGUAUACCUCAUUAUUUGAACAAGUUACUUCGUAUGUAGCUCAAUGAAAAGAUAAAAAGUAAGGAACGAAUAAGAAUGAUUCACCAGAUUUCGGGUUUUUUGCUUCUUAAUCUGGGUAAACGAAAUUCAAAAACAUGGGGUAACGGUAAAAGGUGGCAACCCGGCACCUCUAAUUCUGAAUUUGAUGUUUACCAGUUCUACAGUAACAUCGACCAAACACACACAUAUACAUAGGUGGAUACGAUGAGGAGUAUGGGCUGUUGAGCCGCGGAGAUGGUGGCACGAGAGGUGGUAAGGGUCAAGGCAAAGGAGGCAGCAAACCAGGACAAAUAGCUUGAUGGGGAGAAGUUUAGAGGUAUGUUAAGGAAGGAAGAGGGUGGUAUUACUAUUUGUAAACUUGUCUCGGUCUUAGAUGACUUGUUCGAAAGAUAAACAUCAACUUCAACUUGUUGUUUAUAAUGAAAACUUAGUACUAUGCAAGAAAUGAUAUCAACAUCAUAAUAGUUAGAAGAGUUACUGUUGUGUUUUUACAUCAAUCAAAACCAAGUUCAUGAAAAUAAGCAAGAAAUCAUUCCGUCAUAAUGUCCAUUGCCACAUCGAAGAAAAAAAAUUGUCAUCCUACUGAGUAAUUACAUCAAACCAAGAUAAAGAUGGAUGCAACCACGAACUACAAUUUGUGAUCAUAGAUACGUACGUUUUUGAAAAUGAACAAGACAAGGUUCAUUGACACUAAGUAUUAAUGUUUAUCGACGUAACACAAGCAAAGCUAACGUAUCAACACAGUACAACUAGCAGAUAUUCAUCAAGUAGUUCACGACGAUGUCCAUUUUGUUCCUAAUCACAACUUAUGCAGAUCACGACUACUACGACCAAGAACUCAAAAAUCAUUAGUGAUAUAGUACACUGAAGAACAAGAACUACGACAUCAAUUACGCAAAGAAUGUCAUUUCUGUCUCGAAAUUGAACUAUGUCAAAAGGAGAAGCCUCAGUGGCAGAUGAGGCUACAUCAAGAGAAGCAUCAAAACAAGCAUAUGAUUCUUUGACCAGACUUUUAUCAGCAUAUUAGAAACUACAUCGUUCUGUUGUACUUGUACAUGAAGGGUAACACCACUACAACUUGUACAGCCACAAACAAACUAGCUCCUACGUACUCGGGGAUUCCGUAAUCUAUUGCAAAGCACCAUGACAUGCGUUUGAAAAAAUAGACUGAAAUAGAGGUUCCACCAAAUCAUGAAUAUGAGCCGAUCCCUGAUCCCAGCCCCAGAACUAGUAGUAAAUGUAAAAGACACGAGUCACGCUCACGACCACAAGAGACCAAAUUCCUCGGAUAAAGAAAAACCCAUUCCUCGGAUAAAAUAAACCCAUUCCUCGUUCCCUCGUCAUAGCUGUAUACAAAUUUCGUAACCCAAGGAUCCUCUCUCUAUGUGAGAUUGUUCCCCUCUUUAGGAUGCGAAGCUUCAUUAACCCAUCCCCAGCCAAAGUUACAUUAACGAAGAUUUUGCAUUUGCAAUGAACCAGAUCCAGAGUACCCCUCUUGAUGGUGUAACGAAUCACCUUAUGCUUAUGGCGUUUUAAGGUGUCCUCUCAUUGACGCAAGGAACCAGAGUAUCCCUCCUGUUGGUGAAGAGAACAUGAAUGAAUAAAUGAACCUCGACGUAGUCCCAAGAGCUCCCCUACGACCCAGAACAAGUGAGAUUAAGUAAGUUUUCAGUCAUUCACGACAUGAAACAAAAUAGAGCAUUGUACGCCAACAU